CUUGUAAGGACAUGUUUACUUUUCCGUGCCGAUAUGUUUCUUCCUGGUUCCAUUAAAUAGUAAACUCUCCUUUAAUUUGGAUAUCAGAGUGGAACAACUUUUGCCAAAGCGAAUGAUUAAAAAUAGCUGUCUAUCGAAGCUGACUGCGUGUGAGGGAGAAGAGUCCAAAUACAAAAUAAGUAGGCAUUUUGUCGGAAGCAGAUUUGUGAUUACAUCCUCGCCACCCACCACGCCCACCCUCCCACAUAUUUGAGGACCCCCCCCCCCCCCUGCCCGCGUCUCGCAAGGCGCUUGUGAAGAACCUGCGAACCGAGCCGUGUUUUUUCUAUGGCUCUGCUGACCCUGCACCGUCCCCCGUCCAUCUCCACGGCUCCGGAUGAAAGCAUUCCAAGAAGAGGGAGACUUCAGAAAAGGGAGAGCUUUGCUCUGGUCAAGGGGGCCGUCCUUCUCUUGGAAGGAGAGAGGGAGGAGCCUCAUGAAGAGACAUCACCCAAUCACUUUCCUUCACCCCUGAAGCUGGGGGGCGGAGCUUCAGACACACAGCACAGACAUCUGCAUGCCAUGGUGUCAUUACUGAGACCAGAGGACACUAUCAAACUGGCAGUGAGGUUGGAGUCAGUGAGUCCAGUCAGAGUGAGGUAUCUGAUCGUGGUCUCCACCCUCGGUAACAAACAGGAGAGCAUUCUCCUGGGCAUGGACUUCCCUGACACAGACAGUGAUCAGUGUACUAUCGGUAUGGUUGUGCCCAUAUGGAGUGCCACACAAGUGUACCUGGACGGAGAUGGUGGGUUCAGUGUCACGUCAGCAGAAGAGACAAGAAUCUUCAAGCCUGUUUCCAUCCAGACUAUGUGGUCAGUGCUGCAGGCGCUGCAUGGCUGCUGUGAGCGGGCGGUGAAGGGUGCAGUGAUUCCAGGCUGUGGGCUGGACUGGGCCCAACACUACUAUGGGCAUGUGGAGUCUACCCGCCUCUGUCUAAACGAGUGGGGCGCUAUGACAGGCCUGGAGUCAAUCAGGAGGGACAGCGCCGGACAGAGCUCGACGGAGAGGGUGUCUGUGGAGAGGCAGAUCAAAGAGGAACUCCGAAACAUCAUGAGAACAGAGGACCUGGAGAACAUCACCUCCAAACAGGUCCGCAGUGCCCUGGAGGCCAGGAUAGGCAUGGAUAUGAAGAAUUACAAGGAAUACAUCGACAAUGAAAUGAUGGUCACCAUGGCGCAGAUGGACAAGCCCUCCAAAAUAUUUGACUAUUUGUUCCUGGGGUCUGAGUGGAAUGCUGCCAACUUUGAGGAGCUACAGAAAAACAAUGUGGGAUACAUCCUGAACAUUACGCGGGAGAUCGAUAACUUCUUCCCAGAGUCCUUCAGCUACAUGAACAUUAGGGUGUACGACGUGGAGGCUACGGACCUGCUGUCUCACUGGAAAGACACAUACACCUUCAUCAACACAGCCAGACAGAGUGGCAAGGCGGUGCUGGUGCAUUGUAAGAUGGGCGUGUCUCGCUCUGGGUCCACAGUGGUGGCCUAUGCCAUGAAGCAGCAGCGCUGGCCCCUUGAGGUGGCUCUGUCCUACGUCAGGGACCGCAGGCCCAUCGUCCAGCCCAACGUCGGCUUCAUGAAGCAACUCCACACCUACAGUGGCAUCCUUAAUGCCAGUCAGCAGCGCCACAGCGCUCUCUGGAGGCGGAUGUCACGAGAGAAGAGAAAGAGGUCUGCUGCUUCACACAGCAACGAAGAAGAAGAAGAAGAAGAGGAGGAGAGUGACGAGGAGGAUGAAGAAGAGACGGAGAGUCCAGAUGAAGUUGAUGAGGCAGAUAAAGAGGUAUUUGAGGAGCCUGCCCCCAAGGUUGAGACUGACGCAGAAGCUUCACUCACGGAACUGGCCUCCCCACUCACGGAACUGGCCUCCCCACUCACGGAACUGGCCUCCCCACUCACGGAACUGGCCUCCCCACUCACGAAACCGGCCUCCCCACUCACGGAACCGGCCUCCCCACUCACGGAACCGGCCUCCCCACUCACGGAACCGGCCUCCCCACUCACGGAACCGGCCUCCCCACUCACGGAACCGGCCUCCCCACUCACGGAACCGGCCUCCCCACUCACGGAACCGGCCUCCCCACUCACGGAACCGGCCUCCCCACUGGCCUCCCCACUCACGGAACCGGCCUCCCCACUGGCCUCCCCACUCACGGAACCGGCCUCCCCACUCACGGAACCGGCCUCCCCACUGGCCUCCCCACUCACGGAACUGGCCUCCCCACUCACGGAACUGGCCUCCCCACUCACGGAACUGGCCUCCCCACUCACGGAACCGGCCGCCCCACCCGCCCCACCCACGGAACCGGCCGCCCCACCCACGGAACCGUCUGCAGCUAAUCCCCUUAUCACUGUACACGACAGUGACAAGGCGUCCUCUCAGAGCCCCAGUCGCAGUGGCAGGAUGAACCUCUUUUCUCUCAUGCAGUCCAUCAACGAACUGGACGAUGAGGAUCUAAGGAAUGAACAGAUUGCCAACAGUCACCGGCGGUCUCCAGGGCAGCGGAGGCGGAGUCAUGGACGGAAGGGCCUCAUGCAUCAGAGGGCCCAUGUGGACGGUUCACCUGAGCCAAGCAGCCUAUCAGGUCCCAGAAAAUGUGAAGGGGCGGGGCCAAGUAAACCUGAGUCCAGGGAAGGAGAUACCAAGACGAUGGAAGGACGGUAGAGUGAGAGAAGGGGAGAAUGGAUGGAGAAAGAGAAGCCUAGAGUAGACACUAAUGAGAAAGAGAUGAAAUGUUCUGCCUUCUUUCAAGCUAUAAACAUGAAAGUAUCACCCAAAGAUAUUUAUAUACAUCAUGUUACUUAAGCCUUGUUCACACUGCAGGCCUUAAAAGCUAAAAUCAGUAUUUUUCAAUUCUGUUUUGGAAUACUGACUGUCCAAACAGCAAGUUACAAGUAACCAAAUCAGAUUUGUUUGUUCAGACAGCAGUCAUUUGCUUACAUGGCUACACUAGUUGUCAUAGCAAUGAUGGGUGUGUGCGAGCAGUGGUGUAGGCUGAUUCACUAAUUUGUUUGUAAACAAUUAACAAGCUUGUUAGCUACCACAUUCUUGUCAAACUGUCAGUGGCUAGCAAGCAACAAGAUAUGCCAAAUAAGUCUAAAAACCAUUUGCAGGCAAAUAAAUCCGAUUUGACCGUUCAGACACAAGUUGCAUGGCCAGGAAUCCGAUUAGUACCUGAUUUCAACCCACCUACGAAGGUGUUUUGAAAUGUGGCUUGAAAUAUGUUUGUCUGUUCAUACUGCAGGAAAAAGAACAGAUUUGAAUCGUAUAUGCAUUUCUUUUAGUUACUUCAAACUGCCAAUGUGAACAAGGCUUUAGACUACCAACUAGCAUAGCGUCACACACGGAGUAUACAAAACAUUCAUCGGGGCAUGGACACUACAAGCUGUCAAGCGUUCCACAGGGAUGCUGGCAAAUGUUGACUUCAAUCCUCGCCACAGCUGUGUCAAGUUGAGUGUGAAAAACCCAGCAGCAUUGCAGUUCUUGACACACUCAAACUGGUGCACAUUACACCGUUCAAAUGCACUCAGAUAUUUUGUUUUGCUGAUUUCACCCGCUGAAUGGCACACACACACACAAUCCUCGUCUCAAAGCUUAAAAACCCUUCUUUAACCAGUCUCCUCCCCAUCAUCUACACUGAUUUGAAGUGGUGACAUCAAUAAGGGAUCAUAACUUUCUCCUGGAUUCACCUAGUCAGUCUACCAUGGAAAGAGGUGUUCCUAAUGUUUUGUGCACUCAGUGUAUAAUUUGAUUAAUUGUCAUUCCUUUUGCACAAUAUUUCAUUUUAGGUUCUUUUAAUGUAUCACAAACUGUUCCCCAACACAUUUACUCCAUUGGUAGUGAUGGCUCACUUUUUUUUAUGUCACUGCAGUAUUACGACACCAAUAAUUAUGUGUAUGACCAAAGCUUAGUAUUUCUGGUUAGCCUUACCUACUGUCACUGAAGUUGGAAUGUAUGUACAUUACCAUACUGCAUGUGUAGUGUGCCCUCCUUUUCUCCUCAUGACCUCUAUGCAAUAAUGAAUUUGUCUUCUCUGAAUUUGAGGCUGCCAGUUCAGGUUGUGUAUUUUAAGUGCCCUUAUUUUAUGGGUUUUCUUUCUUACAAACGCACAUACAAGCUAGAUCUUUUUAGAGUUUAUCAAAAUGGCAUGCUGUCUCAAUGAUCCAAAACUUGAAUUUUCUCACUGAUGUUUCAAAAUAGUAAUAUUGAGUGACUGUUUUAAGCUGUGUUAUUAUUCUGGACCAAUGCAUGACCAAUCCAAGGGCACCAGACUGUUUGCCAAUUGUGUUCCUCUGUGCCAAUGAACUUUCUGUCCUUUGAGUUUUAGGGCCCAAUUCAAUCAGAUCUGCUUCAGCAGACAGCCGCGUAGCUAAUGUUUUGACGGUGUUGGAGGUGGAACUGCGUUAGAGCUGUCAAAUUCACAAGUGGCUCCCAGCAUGCAGUCGCGUUAAGAAAAAACCCAUGCCGACUUGUUUACAAGUUGGAACACUGGAAUGUGAGAUGUAAUCCACACCUCCAUUAUGCUGAUUAGGAAUCCUCAUUUAUUUUGUUAAAUGAUUUUUCAAUUUGAGCGUAAUUAUUUCUCUAUAGCCUUCACGUUGUCAUUCUGAACUUCCUCCGUGACUGCAGCGGAUUUUGUUACAAUGAUCGAGCAGCUGCUCACUGGUUUGACAGUUCCACUCACCUGCGACACCACCAAAACAUCCGCUAAGCGGUUUCCUGCUGUCGCCGGUUAACGCUUGAACUGAUUGAAUGUAAAGCCUUAAUCUAAAGACAACAGAUUUGAGGAUCAUUAGAAAACUCGUACCCUCUUUUUUUAAUUUUUUAUCUUGGGUGUUAAAUCCCUUUAAGUUAUUGGAGAUGUUUUAUUUCUUUUUUUAAAUAUUUCACUGUCGUUCCACAAAUAGCCUUGCUGUAGGAGUGCCUUGGACGUGGGACCCAAAUAACCAAGUUAUUUCCCGAAUACACAGACCCUGAUUUAAAGUAUUUAUAAUAUCUACGGUAUAUUGCUUUUUCUCCGAGCUGGUGGCUUUUUUUCAUAUUGUUUUAACGGUUUGUCUUCAUGACCAGUGUGCAUGUUAGCAUGAUUUUGUUCAGGUUACGUUUUUUGUGUCUUUUGGACUUUUGAGGUAGUUUUGGCAUUAUGGUGAAAGUUUCUGAACUUUCCUCAGUUAAACUGAAUGGUUCUUCAUUGAUCCAUUUUUUUUUUUUUAAGUCUUCAGCUGGCUGUUGUUUUUAUAUUCAUAAUUGAAACAAGUUUCCACCACAUCAUCCCAUUGACACUGCCUGAGCCGACCUCUGCUGUACUGCAAUCAAAUCCAUCAAUGACCUGUAUCUGUCAUUGUUCUGGAUAAGUGUUAUCUCCCCCACUGUUUUCAGCACAUUUGUUUACAGCUAUACUGUAUGAGUGAAUAAAUGUUUCAGAGUAACC